AUGAGAGACACUUCAGCAACACAUAAUGAUGAGCAUGAUGACUUUGACACCAGGGACAAAACUGCCUUCUGGAGGAAAGAGAGCUCCUUCAGAGUGAUUGCAGCUUUCCCUGGUCACUCUCGAUGGUAUGUGUGCGUGUUCACUGUUUUGGCAGUUCUGCUGCUUGCAAUCAUCAUCUCCAUUUCUCUAACCAAGACACAGGUGAACAGGAGGUUCUCAGCUGUAGAAAGUGACAUAAAGAAUUUAAGCCAGUCUUUAGUGUCAGUCAUCAACAAGAUACAGCAGCUGGAGAACCACGGAGACGAGGUUGUUCGGAGUGUUAAUGGACUGAGACACAGUUUGAACAGUCUGCAAACUCAGGCUCAAGACUUCUUCACUGAGGUAAACAGCAUACAGGACGCUGUGACUCAGCUGAAAUGUCGCUUCAAUGCUCUCCAAAACAACCACACCCAAGAUCAGUGUUGUCCAACAGAUUGGCAGCUUUACUCUUCACGCUGUUAUUAUUUUUCUAAUGAUGGAAAGUCAUGGAACGAAGCUCGAGAUGUGUGUGGGAACAUGAAAGCAGAACUGCUGAUCCUGAAGAGCAAAGAGGAGAAGGAGUUUGUGAUAAAGAACACUAGGCCUUAUUUUUACUGGCUUGGUCUGAGUGAUGAGAGAACAGGAAAGUGGGAGUGGCUGGAUGGGACACCCUACCAGAUGGACAAGAGUGAAUGGAUGCCUGGUCAGCCUGAUGAUUGGCAUUUACACGGUCUGGGUGGAGGAGAAGACUGUGCUCACUUCCACAGAGAUGGACGAUAUAAUGAUGAUCACUGCACACGAAAGUACCGUUUUGUCUGUAAAUCACAUGUAUACACAAUGUGA